AUGUGUCAAAUUGUUGCUGGGAAAAAUCUUAUUCAUUUAAACAUGGUGAUGCCUCACUGGGAUGGUGGGUUGAGAGAUGUUUGCAUCGGUUUGGGCAUCAAAUCAAGUAUAGUUGCCGGAAUUGAUGGCUCAGGUUUCGGUCACCAGAGAAGUUUAUUGACCAAGUUUGUUUUCUUUAUGGGAUUGCACGAGACGAUGCUAUAUUGGUGGAGGAGGGUUUUGACGCUGGUGGUUGAUGACACGGUUUUCUUUGACGUAGGAGAGGUGGGUGGAGAGGGUGGCAGUGGCUUUAACUUUGGCAGUCUGUGGUGGUGGAGGUUGAGGGAUGAGGUGAGUCACUUGGUGGUUGUGGCUGUGGUGAAGAAAGAGAUGGCAAUGGGUGUUGGAGUGGCUGAGUUUGUUGGUUGGCGGUUGUAUUAUGUAAAUGUGACAAUUGGAAUGGUUAGGAUUGUGAAGGGCAUUUUGGGGAUUAGCUAA